AUGAAACUAAGGUAAACGAUUAAUUUGAUUCUGAUCAUUAAAUUCAUAUUAAAAUAGAAUAAAUAACUUAGGAGAGUGAAGAUAAAAAUUUAGAAACUUAAAGAAAAUAAAGAAGGUAUAAUCAAUUUCAUUAUUAUUUAGGUUCAGCAUUAUCUACUCAUUCCUAUUUCUCAAAUAAUCUAAGCAAACUAAAGAAAUAUUAAGAGGCAAUUAAGUGUUACGAGAAAGCCAUUUCCAUUAAUCCUAAAGAAUCUGCAUGGAGUAAUAAAGAUAAAUUAAUUAAUAAUUCAGGCGCUACACUACAUAAAUUAAAGAAUUACAAGGAUGCCGUCUAAUGUUAAGAUCAAGCUCUUUCAAUUUACACUAAAUCUAUAAGACUAAAACGAAAAGGUACACCAUUGUUAAUUUAAUUUUAAUAUAGCUGA